UAGCUAUGUGCGCGGGUAUAAGUGGCCAUGAACGGGUUGUGUCAACUAGUCUCUUCGUCAAGGGUCUUAUCAUCGAACUUCAGAUUUUCCUUUUAUCAAUUUGCGAACAAAACGCAUAGAUCUUUCCUACCUCACAAGGUAAAAACAAAUAGAAAACUAUCUCAACUUGUGUGGGUAAGAGCGAUGGCGUCUGAAAGGCAAAAACAAGGAGGAGUACAACCUGGCAAAGAGCACGUCAUGGACCCAACUCCACAAUUCUCUAGCUCAGACUACAAACCCUCCAACAAGCUUCGUGGAAAAGUGGCGUUGAUUACAGGAGGAGACUCUGGGAUUGGUAGAGCCGUGAGUUGCUGUUUUUCACUGGAAGGUGCCACAGUGGCUUUCACUUAUGUGAAGGGGAAGGAGGAAAAAGACGCGAAGGAGACGCUUCAAAUGUUGAAGGAUGCAAAAACAUCGGAGGCUAAGGAUCCGAUAGCUAUUCCAACGGAUUUAGGAUUCGAUAAGAACUGCAAGAUGGUCGUUGACGAUGUCGUUAAUGCGUUUGGACGCAUUGAUGUCUUGAUCAAUAACGCAGCAGAGCAGUAUGAGAGCAGCUCGAUCGAACAGAUUGAUGAGGCUAGACUGGAACGUGUUUUCCGCACAAACAUUUUCUCUUACUUCUUCCUCACUAGGCAUGCGUUGAAGCACAUGAAGGAAGGAAGCAGCAUAAUUAAUAUAACAUCCGUGAACGCUUACAAGGGAAACGCAUCGCUUCUCGAUUACACCGCUACGAAAGGAGCGAUUGUGGCGUUUACUCGUGGGCUCGCACUUCAGCUCGCUGAGAAAGGCAUUCGUGUGAAUGGUGUGGCACCUGGUCCGAUAUGGACUCCCCUUAUCCCAGCCUCAUUUAAUGAGGAGAAAAUCAAGAAUUUUGGGUCUGAGGUCCCGAUGAAACGAGCCGGCCAGCCUAUUGAGGUGGCACCUUCCUAUGUUUUCUUGGCUUGUAAUCAUUGUUCAUCUUACUUCACCGGUCAAGUUCUUCACCCUAACGGAGGAGCGGUUGUCAAUGCCUAAGGCACGCUGCGAUCUUCUUUAAACGUCUAUGGUUCAAUAUGCUUAUAUAAAGGUCAUGGUGUCGUUGGGGCAGUUCUUGCAUGUCUGUAAUACAUGAAUUCUGUACGUGUUGUCUGGUUGUAGCAAAUUAAAAGUGACUGAAAUAAAAAGUUCUUCUGUUAAGAUU